AUGCCGAUUCUAAAUAGUGGGAGCAGAUCUGGUUGUGAAGGUCCACAAGACAAUGUUCUAACCGAGUCAAAAUGUGGGCGACCACUUGGUCUAUGUUUCAAUCAGAAGUAUGGAAAUCUGUACAUUGCGGAUGCUUAUAUGGGUCUCUUAGUUGUAGGUCCUAAUGGUCGAUUGGCUGCAUCAUUAGCAAAGGAAGCUGAAGGAGUUCCUUUCAAAUUCACCAAUGAUGUAGUUGUUGAUCAAAAUAGUGGCAUCGUCUAUUUCACUGACAGUAGUGCAAUAUUCCAAGAAGUGAUACUUACUGGAGACAACUGGGGAAGGUUACUGAAAUUUGAUCCAAAGACUAAUCAAGUAACCGUUCUCCUGAAGAAUCUCAUGUUUCCAAAUGGAGUGGUAUUGAGCAAAAAUAAUGAUUUUCUGCCGGUUGCUGAAACCACAAAUUGUAGAGUAUUGAAGUAUUGGCUUGAACCAUCGAAAGCUGGGACAGUUGAAAUCUUUGCCAAGCUUCCAGGAAGGCCGGACAACAUCAAAAGAAACCAAAAUGGAGAAUUUGGGUGGCAGUUGUUUCACUGGAGAACGUGUUUAAUCCAUUCGGAUCGAUAG